GCAAGUGCCACCGUCAGUACCAGUGCCUUUACACAAUAUCAUUAAUCUCCAGGUCAUGAUGAACAAGAACCAAAUUCUUCACCAUCACCGUGGAAGUAGUAAUUCCUCACGUCCAUGGCCGGGAUUUACUACUUCCAAGGCGUUGGGAGUGGGAGGAGGAGGAGGAAGCGGCGGCUCGAGCUUCGGCGACGCCAAUUGCAUGGAACAGUUACUAGUCCACUGCGCCAACGCCAUCGAAGCAAACGACGUCACUUUGGCCCAGCAGAUCCUGUGGGUCCUCAACAACAUCGCCCCGCCCGACGGCGACGCCAACCAGCGCCUCGCGUGCGGCUUCCUCCGCGCGUUGGUCUCACGCGCAGCCCGCACCGGCGCCUGCAACAUGCUCCCCUCCGACGGCGUCUCCGUCUCCGUCGAGACGCACCGGUUCUCUGUCAUCGAGCUCGCCAACUUCAUCGACCUCACGCCGUGGCACCGCUUCGGGUUCACAGCCGCCAACGCCGCCAUCCUCGACGCCGUCGAGGGCCGCCCCGUCGUCCACAUCGUCGACCUCAGCCUCACGCACUGCAUGCAGAUUCCCACCCUCGUCGACUCUAUCGCCACGCGCCACCACAACGAGGUGCCGCCUCUGAUCAAGCUCACCGUCGCCGCGGAGUGCAACUACUCCAACAACGACGCCGUUUCGCUCCCUCCCGCCCUCGACCUCUCCUAUGAGGAACUCGGCGCCAAGCUCGUCAACUUCGCCCGAUCCCGAAACAUCGUCCUCGAAUUCAGAGUCAUCCCCUCAAGCUACUCCGACGGCUUCGCCUCCUUAAUCGAACAGCUCCGCGUCCAAAACCUAGUAUACUCCGAAACCGGAGACGGAGAGGCUCUCGUUAUAAAUUGCCACAUGAAACUCCACCACAUCCCGGAAGAAACGACACUGCUUCCUCUGCGAACAAUGUUUCUCAAGGCGAUCCGUAGCCUCGACCCGACCGUCGUCGUUUUGGUCGACGAAGACGCUGACUUGACGUCCAACAACCUCGUAUGCAGAUUAAGGUCGGCGUUUAAUUAUCUGUGGAUUCCGUACGACACAGUGGACACUUUUCUGCCUAAGGGGAGUAAGCAGCGGCAGUGGUAUGAGGCGGAUAUUUGUUGGAAGAUAGAGAAUGUGUUGGCGAACGAGGGGAUUCAGAGGGUGGAGAGGCUCGAGCCGAAGGCGAAAUGGGUGCAGCGGAUGCGGAACGCGAGGUUUCGGAGCGUUAGCUUCGGCGAAGAGGCGGUGGCGGAGGUGAAGGCAAUGCUUGAUGAGCAUGCUGCUGGUUGGGGUGUGAAGAGGGAAGAUGAGGACCUUGUGCUCACAUGGAAAGGCCACAAUGUUGUGUUUGCCACUGUUUGGGUCUCUGCUUGAUUAAUUUGAAUUAAACUUCAAAGUAAAAUAUAUUAAUUAGUUAUGAUC